ACACGGAUCGUUGUACGUCCGCAUUUUUCGUGUCUUUUAACCGUUUUUAAACGAAUAUCGCGAGUGAACGAGCGUCGAAAGUGUCGAAGAAUGAUCGCGCGACUUUUAUAGUGUAUCGAUGGAAACGCGCGACAGUGAUUUUUGACGACAUUCAGUGAUGGUGUCAUCGCGAAGAUGGAGCGAAGUUGCGUCGCAUUAUUUGCGCCCUUGAUGAUGAUUAUCGGAUGCGAGCGAAUAUCGGGAGUGCCGAAUAAAGUGUCGCGCGUUCGCGUUGAUGAUAUCGUGUGCAUCAAGAUCGGAAUGGGACGUCCCGAGGCGAACGAGUGGAGCGGCCUGUGGAACAGCCGGUGAACGGCUGCAACAGUUUCCGAUGACCGAGAACCGGACCGGACCGCAGACGAUCGAGUUUCUCACGAAAAGAGUCGUCGCCCUUGGAGCGGUACAGGUGGGACAGUUCCUGGUGGAUUGCGAGACGUACAUGUCGGUGCCGCAGCUUGGCGCUCAAAGGACCGUUCACGUGCUGCACAAUUCGGAGCAGCCAGCCUCGGUGUUCGCUAUUUUAGAAUCGGGCAGCAAAGUGGUGCCAUUGAUAGCAGACGGCCUGUUCGAUCUGCUAAUGUUAAAAAUGACAAACAUCUAUACCAGUAAAAAGCAGACGAAGAUCGAGUCGAAGGGGCCGCGAUUCGAGAUCGGUGACUUCUGCGUCAAAUUGGGCAGCGUGACGAUGAGUCAGAAUUUCAAAGGCAUUUUGGUGGAGGUCGAGUACAGACCAUGCGUCGUGCCAGCAGGUUCGUGGGAACUCAUGCGCGAAUUUCUGCAAGGAUUCCUGGGUUCAGCCGUGUCGAAUCAAGCGCCUCAAUAUCUGCAGAAUCGAAUGAACGAAAUUUAUCAACCAAUGGAUACGAUACAUCAAUAUCUAGAGCAAUUUGGUCAAUAUAGGAAAGCAACAGGAGUAAUUUAAAGAACGAUGUUGGACCAUAUUAUUUAUUUUAUUACAUCAACGGCAAGAUUAAACAUUUUCAUUUUUUUCGAAAAAUGUGAGGACUCU